CCGGGCCGGCCCUGGACACGCAAAACUGUACAAUCUAAAGUGGACUGCAUUUUGCAAGAAGUUGAGAAGUUUACAGACCUAGAGAAACUCUACCUCUACCUUCAGCUGCCUUCGGGUCCCAACAAUGGAGACAAAAGUGAUCAGAUCUCCAUGUCAUCCAGCCGUGCGCAGCAAAUGCAUGCAUUUUCUUGGAUACGGAAUACCUUGGAAGAACACCCUGAGACAUCCCUUCCCAAACAGGAGGUUUAUGAUGAAUACAAGAGCUAUUGUGACAAUCUUGGCUACCACCCAUUAAGUGCUGCUGACUUUGGAAAGAUCAUGAAAAAUGUCUUUCCAAAUAUGAAGGCUCGCCGUCUAGGCACAAGAGGCAAAUCAAAAUAUUGCUACAGUGGACUGAGAAAGAAGGCUUUUGUGCAUAUGCCAACACUGCCCAACCUUGACUUUCAUAAAACUGGAGAUGGGUUGGAUGGGACAGAGCCAUCUGGGCAGCUGCAGAGCGCUGAUGAGGAGGUUGUCUCCGCGGCCUGCCGCCUUGUUUGUGAAUGGGCCCAGAAAGUGCUCAGCCAGCCUUUUGAUACCGUCUUGGAACUGGCUCGGUUCCUCGUCAAAAGUCACUAUAUCGGUACCAAGUCAAUGGCAGCUUUAACAGUAAUGGCAGGGGCACCAGCAGGAAUAAAAGGGAUCCCCCAGCCCUCAGCUUUUGUACCUACUGCUGAAAGUAAUUCCUUUCAACCACAAGUGAAAACUCUGUCAUCUCCCGUCGACGCCAAGCAGCAGCUGCAGCGUAAGAUCCAGAAGAAGCAGCAGGAGCAGAAGCUGCAGUCUCCUUUGCCAGGGGAGUCUCCAGCAAAGAAAACAGAAGGCACCGCGACCAACGGCGUGGCCACUAUCUCCAAUGGAAGCCCUGCUAUCCUGUCCCCUCAGCCUAUUGGCAUCGUUGUGGCAGCUGUCCCCAGCCCGAUACCGGUGCCAAGGACCAGGCAGUUGGUGACAUCUCCAAGUCCCAUAGGAUCAUCUGACAGCAAGGUACUGCCUCUCAAUGUUCAGGUGGUCACUCAGCACAUGCAGUCAGUCAAACAGUCACCAAAGACUCCGCAGAACGUCCCAGCCAGUCCAGUUGGCGACCGCUCUGCCCGACAUCGCUACCCGCAGAUCCUCCCGAAGCCAGCAAACACCAGUGCUCUCACCAUCCGCUCUCCCACCACGGUGCUGUUCACCAGUAGCCCAAUCAAGACUGUUGUGCCAGCUCAACAUGUGAAUUCCUUAAACGUGGUAAAAAUGACAGCAAUAUCUCUAGCUCCAAGCAGCAGUAGUGUGCCCGUCAAACAGACGCCCUCUGUUAACAGCAGCACAGGAGCAGCAGAAGAAGCGAGGACUGCUCCUCAGAUCAAAAAUGGGUCUGUUGUUUCACUUCAGUCCCCAGGUUCCAAGCCUAGCACUGUGGUAGCUACAUCUGCAGUCGAGAUCAAACUGGAACCAGAAGUGUUGCUGGAUGAGAACCCAGUGCAGGGCCAAGAGAGCUCUGAGGCAUCUAAAUCUGUGAAGGGAGCCCCUGGCCUGCCUGCUGCUCAACAAAUCAAUUUUGAGGUUGCAACCUUGAAAGUUUCAGCUGAUGGUGUUGUGGAGGCAAAAACAGCUAAGGGCUGUGAUCAGGGAGCUGAAGAAGCAAGGACCAAAUACAAACCACAGUCUAAUGAGAUCACACCAGUUUCUUCAGCAGGCAAUAAUCAAAGCACUGUAACGCUGUCAAUUGCCAGUCAAGACUUGUCCAGCACCAGCAUCAGUUCACCACCCACUGGUGACUCUGCAAAUAAAGACAAAACGUGCACUAAAAGUCCAAGAAAGCGACAACCUGCUACGCUUCAGGAUUCCCAGGUACCACCUGUAAAGAAACCACUGGUGGGGCAGCUUUCGGCUGCUAAUGCUGUAGAGGGUCAAAAAGCCAACAGUGUUAAGAAAGCUCCACAGGUUGUUUCCUUGGUGAACAGUGACAAUACUGCAACACUUGCUCAAGUUCCCAGUGACGUAAAUUCUGUGGCUUCAGCAAACUUAGUGACAGACUGUUCUUUGAAUACCAGUGUAAAUACCAGUGAUGCUACUUUAGAACAGCAGCUCGCAGCAGCAGCAGCAUCUCCAGAUAUAAAAGUAAAAUUGGAAGGAAACAUGUUUAUCAUAGAAGAUGAUUCAAAAUCGGAUGGCAGCUUUAACCCAAAUCCAUGGCACCAUAUCACCAAAACUUCUGAUUUUGCAUCUGUGAAUUGUGAACAGCAGCAAGAUCUCAGUGUUAUGGCUAUCGCAGCCCAUCCGGGCUCUGGCGACUUAGCRGAGUCCACCUGGGAGCCGGUGCACUGUGAAGGGAUGCAGGCGGACGCCUACGGCCAGCAGCUCCAGAGCCAGAUCCAGGACUCCUCCCUGGGGCAAAUCCCAGCUCAGUCUUCAAAUGAGUUACCUCUGCAGUCCGAGCUGAAGGAGUUUGAACACGGGGUCCCUCAGUCGAAUGAGAACUUCUUUUCGUUUGACGAUGACCUGACCCAGGACAGCAUCGUGGAGGAGCUGGUGCUAAUGGAAGAGCAGAUGUCGAUGAGUAAUUCUCACCCUUACAGUGGCUGUCUAGGAAUGGCCCUUCAGGCCCAGCCGGCAGCGCCGGGAGCUCCCGUGUCAUCUCACGCGGGCAGCGCGCACUUCUACCAUUCGAUCCACAACAACAGCACUCCRAUUCACACCCCCACGCCCACCCCAACACCUACGCCCACGCCCACCCCAACGCCCACCCCCACAUCCGAGAUGAUCGCCGGCUCGCAGAACGUGUCGCGGGAGAGCCCUUGCUCCCGGCUGGCGCAGACAACUCCCGUGGACAGCGCGCUGGGAAGCAGCCGCCACACGCCCAUCGGCACGCCGCACUCCAACUGCAGCAGCAGCGUCCCCCCAAGCCCCGUGGAGUGCCGCAACCCCUUUGCCUUCACCCCCAUCAGCUCCAGCAUGGCCUACCACGACGCCAGCAUCAUCUCGAGCAGCCCCGUGAAGCCCAUGCAGCGGCCUAUGGCCACGCACCCCGACAAGACCAAGCUGGAGUGGAUGAACAAUGGGUACAGCGGCGUCAGUAACUCAUCGGUUGCAAACCAUGGCAUUCUCACCAGCUAUCAGGAGCUCGUGGAAGACCGUUUCAGGAAACCCCACGCUUUUGCAGUUCCUGGCCAGUCCUACCAGUCUCAGCCGCGGCACCAUGACACUCAUUUUGGUCGUGUGACUCCGGUGUCGCCCGUGCCACACCAGGCAGCCCCUGUCAGUAGCAGCGCCAAGCAAGAGGGCUUUGCUGUUCCUGCUCCUCUGGACAACAAAGGAGCCGGAUCCUCUCUCAACAAUAGCCUGAGGUGCCGCAGCGUGAGCCCCGCUGUCCAUCGCCAGCGUAACCUCAGUGGCAGCACCGUCUACCCCGUUUCAAAUAUACCGCGCUCCAACUUGACACAGUUUGGAAGUCCGGUGACUCCUGAAGUUCACAAUGUAUUUACUAACAUCCCUGCAGACACCAGUGCCAAUAACUUAGCUCAAAGAAGCCAGUCAGUCCCAUUGACUGUGAUGAUGCAGACGGCCUUUCCGUCUCUUCAGAAACAAACAAACACUAAGAAAAUAACCAAUGUGUUGUUAAACAAACUUGAUUCUGAUAGCGAUGAUGCGGUGAGAGGUUUGGGAAUGAAUAACAUGCCCUCAAAUUACACAGCCAGGAUGAAUCUCACUCAGAUUUUAGAAACAUCCACUGCUUUUCCUAGUGCCAACCCACAAAAUAUGAUCAAUUCCAGCACUUCGGUUUAUGAAUUCCAAACACCAAAUUACCUCACGAAAAACAGCAGCGCCGAUCAGAUCAGUUUUUCUUCUGGAGAUAACCAAGCACAAUCAGACAUCGGAGAGCAGCAGCUAGAUUUCAGCAGCACUGUAAAAGACCUUUUAGGGGAGGACAGUCUGCCAACCAACCAGCAGCUGGUGAAUCAGGUGGCAUCAGAUCUCAAUAACGUUGCAUCUGUCUUUUCCAGCGACAUCAGGUUGUCUUCCGACCUCUCAGGCAGCAUUAAUGAUCUGAACACUUUAGAUACAAAUCUACUGUUUGAUCCAGGUCGUCAGCAGGGACAAGACGAUGAUGCUACACUGGAGGAAUUAAAAAAUGACCCCUUGUUUCAACAAAUCUGCAAUGAAUCCAUUAACUCAAUGACUGCAUCCGGUUUUGAGUGGAUGGAGAGUAAGGAUCAUCCUGCUGUUGAAAUGUUGGGUUAAUUUUGUUUUAUAGUAUGUAUGUAGCACACUGUAUCUAAAAGACAGACGUAUUGUAUUUGUCUUAAUGGAAGUGCCUCCUGCAGCAGAAACACUUGCUAUGUAUUGUGGCAUUUAAAAAAAAAAAGUUUGCUGUACCAGUUGCUCAUUCUUCAGCAGGGAAAAGGCAGUCUUACCAAUUUUAAAUAGAUCUCUGAAGAUGAUGGGCUAUCAAAGAGCCAGUAUUAACAUUAGAAUUUUAUAGUGUUCCCAUGCAACAUUUCUUAUUGUAGCAAAUAACGGAGUGGUUUAACAGCCAGCUGGCAUCGACAGCUGAGGCUUUGGGAAGGUUGCAAGUCCAGCUCGUUACGAGGCUUUCCAUAUUUUGUGUUGCUUGUUAGUUCUUGGUAGGAAAUUCUUACUGACCUUUGGCAUUCAGGUCUGAAAUGCAGGGUGCUUGCAGCAGGGCAGCUGAUGGGGAAUGGGUGCAAGUGAACUGCGACCGUGUAGUGAUCUUGGGUACGGCRCCGUGGUGAACUGGGAAGUCUCUGCAGUACCAGCACCGUAUACUUCUCUAGCAAAGCACAGAGAUAGGAAAAAUUAACAGGAACAGUGAUCACGAAAAAGAAGAAAGAUGCACUAAAUKUCUUACUUAAGAGAAGCAAAUCUGCGUAGUUGUUUUAUCCAUUAAUGUCCAGGACAUCACACUUGAUAUUUUAGUUCUCAUUUCCAUGUCAAUAUAUUAGGUAAAAUUCAUGGGAAAAGAUUUUGAGCACUGAAAUUUAAUCUACACCUAACACCCUAUUUUAAUUAUUUAUCGAAGAUAGAGAAGGAGCAUGAUAUUUUCCCUCUUUUUUAAAUAAAAGAGCUCUUGGAGCUCAAUAAAAURGUAUUUUUAAAGAUUCAUUUAAGUCUACUGUUUUCUAAGGUAGUGGAGGGUGUAGGAAGAUGUUCUUUUCUCUGUGUGUUUUAGUAGGUUGAGCCCUGUUUCACUCAUUCCUUCUCUCAAAGAAAAGGUGAUUAAAAUAUUAGAAUAUGUAUGUGGUUGAUCUAAAAAUGUUUUGUAUAGAGCCAUAAUGCUGCCMGGCACUUUACAGAUACACAGUAAGACAUGUGAGCCCUUUUUUGGUUUAAAAACAUCUUUUAAAAGUUCAUUUUGUUUUGGGAGCCUGAAUUUCAUUUUCAUAAGUGAUUUGAUAGGAUCAAUGGAUCUAAUUAUUAUUAGAAGUCCUUAGCUCCCCCAUCCUUAAAAAAAAAAAGGGAUUUAGACUUCUAGCUUGCUAGCUCAAUGAAACCAAAAAAAACGAGAAAAAUCUCUUUGGUUUGCCAGCAUGGCAUGUAUCUCUCAUGAUGGAGAGAGAGGUUCUUAACCAGCCAUGGCCCUCAUGCUGUGAAGAGGCCUUGCACAGGCAAGCUUUUACACUAAGAAGUACUGAGGAUGCUUCCGGUGCCAUCCCUUAAACUCAACAUAAAAUGGACUUGCUCCUGUAAACUUGAUGCUUAUGCAACUGAAAGCAGAGCAGAAAACGUUUCCCUGUCCGUGUUGCUGCUUUGGAGGAGAGGUCAUGCACUCAUGGAGGGGUAGACCCCUUACAUUUAGUGAAGGAAGAGAGAAUCAGAUUUGUAGCCGACUGGAGAGGUUCAUUUAAGUGUCUUGGUGAUCUUGUGUUUCUCCUAGUGACUAGAGGUGUCGGUACUGGUUGGGUUUUGUUGUGUUUCGCUGGUGCUGAUCCACGCUGUGCUGCUGCCUUGGCACUUCAGCUGCUCAUGGUGCGCGGCUCCUCUUGCGUCUCGCACGUCCCGGCCUGCGGCCUCUCCUGCGGCCACAAACACCUGCCCCACGCUAGCACCUUGCCCUGGGGCUUUGUUGCCCUGUGCUUCACACCAGGAUCUUGGCGCUUGCACUAGGCGCAGGCCUAGAGCUCGGAUCUCUGUGCAAGAUCAAGUGCUCCCGUGUUUGGUUAGGGAAAUGAGGAGACUAGGCCUGAGCUCUGUGCCUGUUGACAGCCUGUAGCUAGUGAUGUGUUGAGCAUCCCCCUUUCUCUUGCACUUAGUGGGCCCGAGGGCAGCCCGUCAUUUGCUCCCCUAGACAAAGCGUCAGCACGACCGGGAAUUCGCGAAACCGGCCUCGUGGCRGAGAUGGAUGAGGGAAAGAGGGAGCGAUGGCCGGGGCUGUCCGUGUGCCCGCAUGGUGGCCGUCGGGGCCUGCGCGUCGCUGGCAGCAGCGCGGCCGCACGCUUGGUGACAGCCUCGCAGCCCCAACUCCUCGGCUCUUCUAGGGACGUUUCUUAGCAAGGCAGGAGUCGGAUUAGAAGUUGAUGCGUUCUAAAUUAUGCAGUUGUCACCAAAGGUUUUUAGAAGUGCGUUUAAAAUUAUAUUUAAAUACCAAGCCUUGCGUUGGACCUAACACGAGAUUUAAUUAGCAGGAAUAAUCUAUAAUCAGUGGAUUAAAGCAAAUUUAUUUCUAAUUUAAAAGAGGUUGAAUUCAAUAAGGAUUGUUUCGAGUAAAAUCCCAGGCACAGCGAUGAAACAUUUUCACUUCAAUAAAUGGUGCUAGGGCUAGUUCAGACAACUUUGUACAUUAAUAUGUAUUAUUUUAGAGGUGUUUGUGUGUUGGUGUUAUAAUCUGUUAGGUCCCUGUUCUUAGUGCUAGUUAGUUCUUUACUGUACAUCAAGACAAAGCACUAUUGCACACCAAAGUAUGCAAUACCCAAAGGAAAAUCCUGUGAUUCUAGCAAAUGGAAGCCUGUCUGUGUCAGAUACUCCAAAACGAAGAAUUUGAGACAGUUCUGACCCCUUGUUUACAUUAUUGGCUUCCUACUAACAUAAGAAUUAAAUUAUUUUGAUAGCAGUUUUUGCUAAAGUAUACAAACUCGUGAAUUUGUACCCUAUGUCCAGUAUUGCAGCAAACACUUUAAAUUGGGUUGGUUAGUCCAGCAAACUUUCUGGGUUCAUAUAUUGCACUAAAAUUCUGUUGAACCUGUGGUAGGCACAUUCCUUAGGAUAAAUGCAACAAAUACAGCCCACAGAUUAAAAAAAAAGAAAAAAAAAARRAAAAAAAAGACUUUUUAAUGUGUUUCAUUAUUAAAAGGCAAAAUGUCAUUAAAAGUGACAGGUGAAAUUGUCUUAUGUAGCAAUGUGCGUUGAUCUCAAUGAGAUACUUCUAUUUCUUAUUCUCUUACAUGAGAAUAUUACAGCAGGAAGAAUUAAGUUUAGUUUGCUUCACCAUGUUAAUACAUGAUCACAAGACGUGCAUGAGUGUUAAUGACUUAUCUUGUACAGUACUAGAUAUAUUCCUGUAACCACUUUUAUUUUUUUUUUUUUUUAUUCUUUUGCUGUAUUGAAACUGGUUCGGUGUUAACCAGGUGAGYAUAGUUAUUCACAAGUUAUUUACUUUUUUAUAUUAACUAAUUCAGCUUAGUUAUUGUUGAAUAUGUUCUUUUCUUGGAUUAUUUUUUAUUGUUCUGGUGUUGAAAAGCAUUUUUGCAUCAUUUUAUCAUGAUAAGAAUUCAUGAAGUAAAUAAUUUGCAAAUAAUUGCAAUAAGCACUGACUUCUGAACUGAAAAGGAAAGCAUUUUUUUGUGCAGUGCAUUUGAAGUUCAUAUAAUAGUCUUGUACUAUACUGUGCUUUCUUUACUGCACCAUAAGGAAAGAAAAAUCCCUGUUCUACGUUUUCAUUUAG